AUGACUUCAUCCUUGGUAUCGGCAAACAAAGUUCAUAAAUUGCGAGAAUUGAUGCAAAAGUACUCCAUUCAUGGUUACAUCAUCCCAUCGGGUGAUGCUCAUUUGAGUGAGUACAUUUCCGAUGCUGAUAAGAGAAGAGAAUUCAUCUCGGGUUUUGAUGGAUCAGCUGGUACUGCAGUUGUUACUUUGGAAGAGGCGUCUCUCUUUACGGAUGGAAGAUACUGGCUACAAGCACAGAAACAGUUGGAUCCUGCCAUUUGGAAACUGAUGAAGCUUGGUAUUGAUCCUCCAUUGAGCAAGUAUAUUACAUCCUUUGCUGAUCUCAAGAGAACCACUACAUUCGGAGUAGAUCCUUUUCUAUUUUCUGUCAAUGAAUUUUUGGAGCUAAGGAAAGCUGCAUCAGAAAGUGAAAAGGGACAAGUAGAAAUUAAGCCAAUUCUUGAAAAUUUGGUAGAUGAAAUUUGGGGAGACGAGAAGCCUAAACCACCCAAUGGUAUUAUUUACAAAUUGGAUGAAAAGUACACUGGAAGAUCUGUUGCUGACAAGCUCAAAUUUGUGAGAGCAAAGAUGCAAGACCUUGGUGGAGAAUGCUACAUUUUGACUGCUUUGGAUGAAAUUGCAUGGAUUCUCAAUUUGAGAGGAUCUGACAUUGAUUACAAUACUGUAUUCAUCAGCUACAUGAUUGUCACUUUGCAGGAUGCUUAUCUCUAUGUGGAUGAAAGCAAGUUUGAAUCUCCAAAUAUCAAAAACGAACUUUCUGACAACAAUAUUCACGUUAAGCCAUAUUCACAGUAUAUGGAGGAUUUGAAAACCAUUACUGAAAAAGUUCAACAUGACAAAUCUUGCCUCAUCGAUCCAAGAACAUGCAACUUUGCCACUUUUGAGGCUAUUCGUUGCAAAGUUAACAAGAUUCAUAGUAUUAUCACUGCGGAGAAGGCCAUUAAGAAUGCUGUAGAAAGAGAGGGCUUCAAAUCGUGCCACAUUCGUGACGGUGCAGCCAUUGUUAAAUAUUUGGCAUGGCUCGAAAACGAGUUGAAGAAUGGUAGAAAAGUCAACGAAUACGAUGGAGCAUUGGCUUUGGAAGCAUUCAGAAAAGAGAAUACAGAUUAUCUUCGAUUAAGCUUUUCAACCAUUAGUGCCUAUGGAAAGAGCGCCUCCGUAGUUCACUACUCACCACCUGAGACCAACAGCGAGGAGAUUUCAACUGACAAUUUGUACUUAUUGGACAGCGGUGCACACUACAAGGAUGGAACCACCGAUACUACCAGAACAGUGCAUUUUGGAACUCCAACCGACUAUCAAAAGAGAUGUUUUACUCGAGUACUACAGGGCCAUAUCGCUUUGGAUAGACUCGUAUUCCCUGAGGGCACAUCAGGCUAUCGUUUAGAUUCCAUUGCAAGGGCUCCUUUGUGGAAGGAUGGCUUGGAUUACAACCACGGAACUGGUCACGGUGUUGGUCAUGCAUUGUGUGUUCACGAGGGACCACACGGAAUUGGAUAUAGAUCUUUGAUUUUGAACGAGUUCGGUAUGAAAGAGAAUUGCAUUGUAACCAAUGAGCCAGGUUAUUACGAACCUGGCAAUUUUGGUAUCAGAAUUGAGAACAUUCUGUUAACCAAACGAGUGAAUACCAUGACUAAUUUCAAUGACAAGGCAUAUAUUGGCUUUGAGUCAGUGACUCGUUGCCCCAUUCAACCAACCCUCGUCGACACCAAUCUUCUUGCAAGAGACGAAAUUGAGUGGAUCAAUAAUUACAAUGCUUUGGUUCGUGAAGCUCUCACUCCACUCUUACAAAACAACGAACUUGCAUUGAAAUAUUUAUUGAAGAAUACUGAACCGAUCUCUGUUUAG